AUGGAUUGGAUGUCAUUCGCCACCAGUAAAACGGAUACCAUGCUAAUGGACAAUAAUGGGUCGCAACUGAAACUAUUAGGCGACAAUAUUCAAGCAAAUAAAAUAAUAGAUGGCCGAACCCUUCAACCGAGACCUGGAGGUAUAAGAAACCUUGAAGCGGAAGCGCGAUCACAUGAAAGUAUUCGAUUCAAAGAACAACCUAUAUCUACUUUUAUCGCGCCAGAGGAACUACCCCCUUGCAUUUUUCCGCAAUAUAAGCCUCCACGUCAGACCUUUGAGCUUCUUAUUGAGGAUCCUAUAGAAUGCAGACCAAACCCCGAUGAACCCUCUUAUAUGAGAAUAUAUAAAGAGCUAGUUUGCGAAGAAGAGAAGGAUGAGACUGCAGAGCAACAAAAAAUAAAGGAGCCUGAUGCUGAGCCAGUAUCUACUUCAACUCAAGUCUCCCAGAAAAUGAUCGACACACACCACAUGCCCUCUAUGAGGACGAGAGAUCGAAGAUCUGAAGACACCGGGUUAAUGGAUAGUGAAUUAUGUAUUGGUUGUGCAAAACCUGAAAAUGAAAUCAACUUCAUGGGGGGUUUAGGACCAUGCUGCGGUAACAAGCGAUCUGACAAACAUCCCCAACGUCCCACCACUAUACAGAAAAUAUUCCGCAUGAGAACUGGAAAUUAUCCCUUGAUGUCCUUGACAGAGAAUCCACGUCAGGCUCAUUGUCCUGUUCCACGACAUGGACAUCAUGUUAAGCAGCUCAAACAAAUUUUGGAGAAGGUAGAACUAGCGGAUAAUGUAGACACCCCGACGGCGUCAACGUCCUCAAUAGUUGAAUGUGAAAAUUUCGAUUUAGAAAAUCCCCUGAACCUUGAUCUGCAGGGUCGAGAUUAUCGGCAAACAUAUGAAAAGGACGAGCAAGAAAUUCAAAACGCUCGCGAGUAUUACCAUCAACUACUGCAUAUGAAACGGAGAUUGAUGAAAGCCGAAAUUGCAAAACUGAGCGAGGAGAAGCAACGGAAACAGGAAUAUGCCACCCCCGAAUUCUUUAACAUCGACACGGACUUUGAAGAAACCGAUCAGCAAAAUGAAAAAGAGACCGCCAAAGAAGAGCCAAAAGAAAAACCCGAAGAAACGCCCUAUCCAAUAUAUAAAAAGGCUUCUCCGGAAGAAAUUCCACUGGAUACAGAACCGGAAGCGUUUGCCCAACUAUAUCGGACUACAACCAAAAAGGAGAAUCAAGCGGUGAUUGAAACCGAACUCUCUCGUCGAAUAGAUCGCUACUAUCAACUAUGGCUUACCCGGAAGAACAAAGAGCAAGAAGCUGCUGAGAAGAGAGCAGAGGAGAUAAAGCUCAAAGAGGAAAACUUGAUUUUCGAUUUGGGAGAGCAAUUCUUUGAGGACCUGCUCAAGGAUAAGUAUCAGGAGUGUUUGGAAAUGUAUAAGAACUUGCCUCCGAUCCAUGUGAAGAGACAAUAUCCGCACACUCUUCGUGAGACCAAAAAUCUGAAAAAGAAGAUGGCAGAAUCGCGGAAAAUUAUCGAAGACAAGGCAGUUAUUGCAACGGAACAAUUUGAGAGACAAGGUAUCCAGAGGAAAGCCAAUCAACUGUCCACAGACUUUGUGCCAAUUCCCGGCGUAACAGAGAAUGAAGUAUCUCUCAGUGAGCAAUCCACCGACGAUGAAGACGCUCUGGAGGUCGGAAAAGUUGAUGAGGAAACCUACAAGUUACGUGGUUUCCACUACAAACUAGACACCGAACCGCGUGGUCUCAUCGAUCGUAAGCACAAAACAAAAGAGGAUAGACCAGAGAGAACAUGUCAAUCACGAUCAUCGUGGUUCCGACAGCUCGUGCCCAAUGUUAGUCCCCCAGCAUUCUUUCAAUACAACCCGUCCUCCUUGAAGCGAACAUAUCUUCCAACCGAUCCGAAUAUCAAUCUUUUCCAAACUAAACUUAAGCCUAUUAAAGAAGUUGAAAAGGCUCCGAUAAGAGAGUAUUUGGAAAAUCCACCACCGCAUGCUUAUGCACAACGUAAAGAGGUUCGUCUGAAAGUGAAGAAGCCCAAGUAUACCAAAGUGAAAAAGUUCAAUCUAACUGGGUAUAUGUAUGGUGCAAGGAAGCAGAAGAGACUGAGGGAUUCAACAGAAGAAACAGGUGGGGGGAAAAGUGGGGUUUUUGAAAAGUUUUUCAAACAGGCCGAGGCGUAUGCGGACAGUAAGAGAAAAGAGCGCCAUGUUAAAAGGCACCGACGUUUACGCUACCUCGGUAUACCAUAUAAUAAAAAAGCUGAAAAUCUAACUAAGGAUCCAUGCGAAACGUCCGAAACAGAAAGUUCCGAGUGGAUUCCUAAUGAUGAUCAACAGCAACAAAUUCAAAGAAAGACCAGUAUCGAAAAUGCAUCUAAGGAAAAUCUCGGACGUUCUACCUAUGAGCUAUUGAAGCAUCAUAUGACCAUUGCUGAUAUGCCUGCUCCGAAAUUUCGAGAACCAACCCUCAGAAAUCAUCCCCGACGACCUAGACUUAGAGAAAGUGAAUCAUUUGUAUAUGAUAAUUUCUCAGCAGACUCGGUGAGUAUCGUGACUCUAAGGAACGAAGCCAGGACUAAGACGAGGAAAGUAUCACCGCGAGCUCCUUAUGAUGUUCCCAGACUUGUUGCAAUUAAGCCCGAUGCAGUCUUGCCACCAAACCUCAAGAUGAAAAAAUCUGCGUACACUCAACUAUUCGAUGCUCGACACCACCAUUCUCAUGCUGAUCCGACCGAUCAUAGGACAAUCAGGGUUCGCUACACAAAUAAGCUGCCAGAUCUCAACAAAGAAGAAAAAGUGGCUUCCGCAAAGGUUUCAAAGCAGAAACGGCCUUUUGAGAAGGCCUACCCUCGAGGAAAGGAUUAUAAGGAGCGCGAUUUAUCAUUGCCGCAAAUUAAAUACAAAUUGGAUACUAAGAAACCGGAGACAAUGAGCGUUGAAGAGGUGGCUAGUGCCAAGAAAGUUCCUAGCACGGUGACAUUAUCAAAUGUGCAAGAAAAAAAGUACAAAAGCAGGGAAGCGUAUAAGGAUAACCUGCCCGGAAAAAGCGAAUAUAUUGACUCUAUUCGGAAGAUGGCGACAGAGCUCAGACGUGAGUUGGAAAACAUCAAGGAAAGUGGUAACGAAUUUAUAGUGAAUGAGGAAGAGUAUGCUGGCGAAAUUAUGAAGGAGAUUGAAAGCAUUAAAUCGUGCGUCACCUCCUUAGAAAGUUCCAUUUGCACAAACUUCACCAACGAUAGUGGAAGCUAUAUGAUGAUCCAGGAUAAGAAAAUCCCUUGUGAUUAUAUAACCAAAUCGUUUGUACCUUUUGAGGAGAUCGAUCGAGUUCGAAUCAAAGCUGCUCGGGCUGAUGCUGUUGAUGAAUACAAUGCUCCAUACUAUACAGUCCCCUUUUCUGGGCAGAAGCAGGAUCAAAUCAACCUGGCGAAACCUGCAGAUAAGUUCUUUACAUACACUCAAAGGGCGCGCACAGGUAUACGGAAGCGACUCGAAGUUAAAACCCCUGAUUUCAAGACUGAAUUACUGGGCGGAAAAAAUUUCAAAGCGGCAUCCAGGUUAGCUACCGAAUGGGACGAAAAUUAUCAACACGAGCUUCGCAACCGGCCAACAGUCGCACCAUUUAAGAGGAAGACAUCUAUGAUAAUGCUGCGUGAUGGGGUCCGAAAGAAGUUUGAGACACUUUAUAUCCGGGGCCAAAUCACUGAACAGCAAAUCAUCCAGCAGAAAGAAGCAGAGUAUGCCCAAGAAGUUAUCAAAUUAAGGGAUAUGUGCCAUGAGCUCUUCCAAAAAUGGCAAGAACGUCACUAUCAUUUGUCCAUGCUUACGAUCGAAAAAAUUAAGCCCUUCUACCACAAAACGGAUAUACUUAAGAAGAACUUCCAAGAACUCGAGAGGGAGAUGAUCAAGCUCAACAUGAGAAUAGUUUUCACAGAAGAUGAUUGGAUCCGUCGCACUAUCCUUCAAAAUUUCCACUACCUGAUAAUGGAGCAAAGCUGGCGAUUAGAACACGACUGGAUCCACUUGCAAGAAGAUGGGACACUGGAGAACUUUCGAACGUCCAUAAACAAUCGUCGAUUUGUUAACAUUCGAAAACGGGAUCGCGAUGAUGCUUGGGCCAUAAAAGAGUAUUACGAGAAUGUCUACUUAAAGAGGAGCCACCCCAUUGAAAUAGUCUUCCCGGACGCGCAAACAUUCAACGAGGGUGUGAUUAAGCUCAAAAUUCGGACAUUCAUCUGUCUCCUUGAGCUCCACUUUUCAAUGUGGGUCCUGGCGAAUCUUCAGCAGGAAUACAACCAGUUUACACAGAAUUCCGGUCAGUUUAUUGACCAUACUACGAAGUUUGUCAAGAAUCGCGGUGCCAAUCGAUAUUUCAUGGAGGAUCGAGCAAAGAAGUUGGAAGUAGCGACUAGGGAGCUGAUUGACGAACCUUUGCUGCAAAGUGUAGGCUCACCGCGGAUGAGAACUAUUGAACCACUUUGCGAUAUGAUUUAUGUGAAAGUCAUACCUCAGCACAUAAGAAAUGAUGUAAAGGAAGAUUGCAGUGCUAUUGAUAAGUUGCAGAUGAUAUUUGGACACCUGAUGGAUGUCAUAGGCAAACUAGAUAAUAUCCCUACCAAAAAACGCCAACAAAUAGAAAAGGCAUAUCGCAAGAACCAGGAGUACUCCCUGAUGCAGUCUCAGCAAGCUUGUCUAAUCGAAAAGCGAAUCCUUCUUGCCCUUGAGGAAAUCAAACGGAACAUGACCCCACCGUACCAGAAACCACCCCGCACAGGCAAGCUCCCCCGUGUCUUCUUCAAAAAGAAGAAAGUUCUGAAGAAAGAGAAACCGAAAGUCAUUUCCGAGAAAAAUCAACUUUUCAUACAGGCAUUCACUGCAAGCGAUGAUGAGGAGGGCCAAAUUGAGAGUGGUCAGGACUCGGAAAUUCUCAAUUCACUCCAGGACAAUUGCAUUCCAUUCUAUUUUGAUCACUUUUUGAAGUUGCAUGAUUAUGAACCCAAUUAUGAUUUCCAAACUCAAGUUGAAAUCAACGAUGGGCCGGAGGAGCAACGGCUGUUUUAUAAGGACGUUUUGGCCGAUGUUAUGACCAAUUUGGAAGCAUGGCAGUUGGCUAAACAGAAGAAAAUGGAAGCGGAUAUUCAGAAAACAUUGUAUUUGUACGUAGAUGACGAUGCUGUGUGAGGUAGCCUAAUUGUGUUUUUCAAGUUGUGAGUCUUUAAAUUAUCUUUGAAUAAUAUAUGUAUGUAGUUAUUG